CAACCAUCUCACUUCGCUUCAAAUCAAAUGGCUUUAGCAAGGUGGGCAAUUCAAAUCUCAGUGGUGGUUCUUGGGCUGUUAGCUAUGGCGCAACAGUCCAUGCCACUGAGUUUGAGAAACCCCAUGCAUGAAAUUAAACAAAAACCCACUGGCAUGCAAACAUCUCCUGUGGGCGUUGUUUCUCUUACGAGUGCGGCUGAGUGUUUACUCAAUAAAUCUGGAGUCUUCACUGUUACCUCCACUCAGAAUAUUGCUGGAAAAAUAUUUCGCAUUGGGAAAAUUAACGGAACAGCCGUUGUAUAUGCAAGGGCCGGGGAACUAAUGGUCAACGUGGGCACGACUGUGCAAAUCCUUGUGGAUAAAUUUAAUGUUAGAGGAAUUGUCCAUUUCGGCGGUGCAGCAUCGGUAAAUGAAUCUGUGCUCAUUGGUGAUGUUUCAGUGCCUGAUAAAGUUGCUUACACAGCAGCUUGGAGCUGGAUGGAGCUGGAGGAAUUCUUCGACAGAUGAAGUUGAGUAUCCCCCUAUGGUUCAUGGGAAUUUGAGUUUUGGAGAUUUUAAUGUUCCCCAAAAGGGAGAUAAUUUACUAGGACGCAUCUUUUAUUGGGCAUCGUCAUGGUUCACUGGUCAGCAAACACCGAACACAGGUUUUUGGCUUCCCGUAAGCCCAGAUUGGCUAAGGAUUGCAUCUCAGAUCCAGGGUUUGAAGUUAGAAACCCAUGUGAAUGAAACUGUGUACGUACCUUACCAACCAUUAGUUCGCUUCGGAUUAAAGGCUGGUACUGGCGAUUUGUUCAUUGUAAACGAAGCAUAUGGUGAUUUCCUUCACAAAACUUUUAACAUUUCAACAAUCGACACUUCUGAUUCUGCUAUUGCUUUGACAUGUUUCUC